AUGGGUGGUUGGUGCGAGGCUGAUUAUCAUGCAAUAACAAAUCCAAUAGCACCUUCCAUGAUCUCGGUCAGAUCCUGGAAAGUAGUAUUGUGUCUUGCAGCCCAAGACGACGAAGACAGAGAGACCUGCGUACCAUUUGGCUUCGGAGACCUAUGUGAGCAGGUUCUGUCAAAAGCUUCGUUGCAUUCCUUAGAUAUUGCAAUCAUGCCUAAGAACUACGAGUUUAGGUAUACAAGAGGAGAUUAUUACACGCCAUCCCAAGUUCUGCGACCAUUAGACUAUAUUCGGAACGUCACUAAUGUGACGUUGCGCGAUGCUGAAUAUCUCGAAAUACCAGACUAUUAUGGGUACCCAACUAGUUCGUACAGUGACAAAGAGGGAAUGAUCAAAAUCUCUGAACUCCUCAGCCAAUUUCACGACUGCCCCGAACUCAAGGUUGAUCUUACAAUUCCAGUAAAAGGAUCGAGCCCAGUUGAGUUUGCGUCUCAGAUGUACGUGCGACUACUGAGAUACGCUCAAGCAUUUGAGAGAUACGAGUACUUUAGAUUGGAAAUGGCAUUGCCGUUGGGAAAAAUAGUUUCUCUUAGAGACGUAAAAGACGAUUUGCAACUUUCUAACGAGCGAAGCCGGUACAACGACAUGGGGGGAGCUCGUAAUCCUUUUCGUGGUGAUCUUGUUCACCCAGUAGAGUUGACUCUCACACUCGCAGAUUCUGCCCAGAGAAACCACGACGCAGACUUGUUCAAGAUAUUUUGA